UCUAGUUUAUUUCAGUACUAUAUAUCCUGUCGAAUGGCUCCUACCAAAGCUGCAUAGGAAAUAGCCACUUUGCCGCAAUGAGUCAGCCAAGCGUCUCGCGAAACAUUAAACAGAUAUGCAGGAUGGUUGUUGAACAUAAACAUGUCGAAAUUAGUUUUCCCAAUUCGGCUGACCACUACAACAGCAUUAAGAGGGGUUUUCACAACAAAUUCGCUAUUAAAGGUGUAAUAGGUGCUAUUGACUGCACACAUGUCGCCAUAAUUUCUCCGCCAUCUUCAACCGCUGGGGUAGUGCCUCAUGAAUACAUGAACAGGAAGGGAUAUUGCAGCAUUAACGUUGAAGCUAUUUGUGACGAAGAGCUAAUUUUUCGGAACGUAAAUGCACGAUUUCCUGGUUCAUGCCACGACGCCGGUAUAUGGACAACAUCGCCUGUAAGAAUUAAGCUGAUCAGAGAGCAUGUUUCUGGAGCCUUUAAAUGGCUUUUGGGCGACUCGGGCUACCCUUUAGAGCCAUGGCUUCUUACGCCAAUACCAAGCCCUUCAUCUGCUAAUGAAGAACUUUUCAAUACGGUACAUAUUAAGGCAAGAAAUACGAUAGAGCGCGCAUUUGGAGUCCUAAAGUCUCGCUUUAGGUGUUUAUCCAAAGAGCGUGUGCUCAAAUAUACCCACACAAAUGCCGCAUUUAUUAUUUACACAUGCGCAAUAUUUCACAACAUACUGCAAAAACGACGAAUUUUUUUAUCAGAAGAAACCAUGCUGCCAGAAGACUCCCCUCCCGAUGGUGUGGGCAUGAACACGCCAAUACAAUCAACGGAGCAUUACUCUGAAGGCAGAAGGGCACGUCAAAGUUGCCUAAACGCAUUAAUAACAUAAAUUUUGAAUUUGCAUGUGUCUGAAGUUGUACAAAUUGUGCUCAUUUAUGAUGUACAACGUGGCGACGAAUAAUUGUUACCCAGGUUUUUUUUAGAAAUAAAAGGGUCCUUUAUAGAUUUUGCGAAAAAA